AUGUCAUCUUCCUCAAACAAACACGCACUCACGCCCACUGUGGCUCAACGGGAUGCAGAUCACCGGUACAGUCAGCAACUCACGAAUUUGCUCAAUGAGAUUACCGAGCUCAACAAGACUAUUGGUGAGACAGCUGCGGAACACCGACGCGAGAUCUCGAUACAAGCCCGGGCAAUGACAUGUCUCAAUAUGAAGGUGAUGUGGAUCACGUACAAACUUGAUCCUGUAAUCAAAGUAGAUGCUAUCACAGCGGAAAGGAUGAGCAGGAUGUUUCCAGAGAUUGCAGAAUUCUUUACACUUGAUUAA